AUGAAGGAGGAAGAUGUCUUGCCGGCGACAGUGAAUCAGAAGAAGGAGAACUCAGAUUCGGUCUUGUUUGGAAGAGGACGUUACAAGUUCUGGGCCUUUGCUGCUCUUAUGCUUCUCGCUUUUUGGUCUAUGUUCAAGUAUGAGCGCAAGGGACUUGGGAAGAAGCUUCAAGAAGAUUCUACACAAGCCCAGCAGCAAGUAGCUGAAGCUGUGAUUUAA